CACCAUCAUCAUCACCACCAUCACCAUUAUCAUCACCAUCAUCACCACCACCAUCACCAUUAUUACCACCACCAUCAUCACCACCACCAUCACCAUUAUUACCACCACCAUCAUCACCACCAUCACCACCAUCAUCACCACCACCACCAUUAUUAUCACCACCAUCACCACAACCAUCACUAUCACCACCACAACCAUCACUAUCAUCACCACCACCACCAUCACCACCACCAUCAUCAUCAUCACCACCACCACCAUCACCAUCACCACCAUCACCAUUAUUACCAUCACCAUUAUUACCACCACCAUCACCACCAUCAUCACCACCACCACCAUCAUCACCACCACAAUCAUCACCACCAUCACCACAACCAUCACUAUCAUCACCACCACAACCAUCACUAUCAUCACCACCACCACCAUCACCACCACCACCACCAUCAUCACCACCACAAUCAUCACCACCACCAUCAUCACCACCAUCACCACAACCAUCACUAUCAUCACCACCACAACCAUCACUAUCAUCACCACCACCACCAUCACCACCAUCAUCAUCAUCACCACCACCACCAUCAUUAUCAUCACCACCACCAUCAUCAUCAUCACCACCCCCACCAUCAUCACCACCACCAUCACCACUAUCACCACCACCACCAUCAUCAUCAUCACCACCACAACCACCACAACCACCACCAUCACCACCAUCACCACCACCAUCACCACCACCAUCACCAUCACCACCACCAUCACCACCACCACAAUAGCGAGGCGCGCCUGAUUGCACAUCGCGCGAGGUGAUUCCUGGCGCCGCCCACAGCGCCCCUGUCGGCAUCGUCGCUCGCUGGAGCGAGUCGCGGCACCGAAUCGUCCCCCCCCCCCCCCCCCCCGUCGGUCACUCUGAGAGUCGGGCGGCUGGAGCCUUGAGCCGCCCGUCACAACCCACAGUCCUCCACCACCACCACCAGAGACUCCACUCAGCCCUCGCUCCGUCUCCAUGGGCGGAACACCGCGCCCUGCGGGGAGCAGGUUGAGCUGCUGCACGAUCGCCAAGAAAGCUCUGCUCGUCUCCGUGCUGCUGCUGCUGCCAUACUUCACCUGGAAUGCGUACGUGGUCCACAUGACGUACCCGCGGUUCUACAGCCCCGUCGCACCCGCCCGCACGGACGUGAACUCGCUGACACCGUGGCUGGCGCCCAUCGUGUGGCAGGGAACCUACGACCCCAGCUUCCUCGAGGACGCGCACCGUGAGAAGAACGUCACGGUGGCGCUCACCGUGUUCGCUGUGGGCAAGUACGUGAAGUUCCUGGAGCGCUUCCUGACCUCGGCGGAGCAGCACUUCAUGGUGGGGCGGCGUGUGGUGUACCACGUGAUGACCGAGCGCCCCGAAGCCGUGCCCCGCCUGGAGCUGCCUCCAGGCCGCAGCCUGCGCGUGGGCCUCGUGGACAAGCACUCGCGCUGGCAGGACAUCUCGAUGGCGCGCAUGCAGAAGCUGGGCGAGCUCUUGGAGGACAUCGCCCAGGAGGCUCAAUACGUAUUCUGCUUCGACGUCGACAUGGAGUUCCAAGGCCCCUUCGGGGUGGAGGCCCUGGGGGAUCUCGUGGCCGUGCUCCACCCCUGGUUCUACAAGCGCCCUCGCUCCAUCUACAGCUUCGAGGGGCGGCCUGCGUCCACCGCGUUCGUGAUGCCAGCCGACCGUCUCUACUACUACCACGCGGCCGUGUUCGGGGGCACGCCUGCCUCCGUGCGCCACCUCGUGCUCAGCUGCAGCCGGACGAUCAGCGAGGACCGUGACCGCGGCGUGGAGGCCCUUUGGCACGAUGAGAGCCACCUGAACCGCUACCUGGCGGCCGAGCGGCGGCCCACCAAGGUGCUGUCCCCCGAGUACAGCUGGGACUCCAAGAUGGUGCCGGCGCGGGAGGUGCGCAUCAUUCGCCUCGCCACCGUCAUCAAGGACUACUCCAAGAUCCGCGACAACUGGUGACGGACGAGAGGCGACCGCCCUCCACCACCCUCCUCCGUCCCGAACGUUACCUCGCACUAGCCAUCAACUCCGAUGCCGCCACCACCACCCCCCCCCCCCCUCGAGUUCUAUAAUAAGUGUCCUUACUAAUGAAGGUACCAGCGAGCUGCCGAGUACAGCUCGCAGAACUGAGCGUUUGAUGACCUCACAGAUUUCUGAAAGACGAGUUGUGUGAAAAUUGUGUGAGAUUAAUCGCGUGUGUGUGUUGCAGCUCUCAAAAUCUCUUAAGAGUAUGCCCGUUAUGCAGGUUCCCUCAAUCAACAUUCGAUCCCUCUGCACCUCACAACACCACACUCCUCCCGGCUUGGGUUCUUGAGCCACGACUGUGGGAGUAUGUCAGUGGCAGCUUCCCCCCCAGCCUCCCUCAGACGUUGCUUCGGUGAUGCCAACGCCCGUUUUGUGCCCGUGUUGUUUUGAAAGAGGGCAGUCCUCCGUGGAAAGAACAUCGAAGAUUCUGUUCAAUUGUUUACGUCUAAAAUCAAUGUUUGCAGCCUUUAUAUUCUCAGGUAUGUUUUACGUUACCAAAAUCGUGUCAUCAAAAAGUGUGUCGAAUUCAAUUGUUCGGAGUUGCUGUGUGUGGUGAAUAUACAAUGACUACGCCCCCAACCCUUGGCGAUUCCAAUAAGAUUCAUCGUUGAAAUCCAUUUAAAAAAAACAUUGUGGCGAAGGUAGCAGCCACUAGUAGCUGGCAGGGAUUAUGUGAACCUAUUACGGGCAACAUUAACACAUUAAAAAUUAAAUUCUAAUGCAUGAGAUUCUGCACGUAUCAUGAGCUCAGAUAAUCGACCUUUGUUGAUUUCACAAGUGCACCAUUACACCUCUCACCGGAUUUGCACAAGACCACAUGCACGCAUGUUCCUAGCGUGCCUUUGUUGAACAAUUGCAUGUGUUCACGACGUCUUUAUUCCAUAUUUAGCAAGGCAGUCUUAAUGUAAUUUCUUCCACAUGGGUAAAUGUAAGAGAGGUCUCUUAACCUCUGGUGUGGGCACUGCAGCAGAACUGACACGCUCUUCUAAGCACAAUCACUGCAGUGUUUGCUCUGCUUUACACUCUAAUACAGCCUUGGCGUGGCUCCAGUGACCUCACAUUUGGCUGUCUUAUUCUAUCCGGCAAUAUUUGCCAAACGGGGUUGCCUUCUGUGCGGAGGCGUGUGAAUCAAAUUAAAUUAAUCGAAUUCUGUACCAUGAUGUCCACAACAUAUAUGUCAGUGUCAGCCUCCGGGCCAUGUCAGCAUGUUGACCAAAACAGUUAAAACCAAGCAAAUCUUAAUGUGGAGUGUAAGUGACGCUCUUUAUGUACCCAUUAUGUUCCACAAGAGCGUAGAAAGUGUCGCCAAAAGGCUUUGAGGGUCCCAGGACAAAAUCUCAGGUGACAUCCCCUCUAAGGCCUUCUUUACAUUAAUCGAUUUCAUCGCUCUGUUGUAUAUAUGCAGCGGUCAUCAUGUUCGCUCCUUCCGGUCAUCGCUUAAUACGAACACGGACUGACGGAGCUCAUCUCUACUCAUUCCUCAAUCCCUUAACACGCGCUUCUGCAAAUGUCUGCACCAUUGCACCAUUUACUCCCACGUACAAUUUUAUUUUUCAGUGUGCGUGUUUUUAUUUAUCUAAUGUUAACAUAAUUUGCAUGGGUAUUUAUGAGUACUGUACAUGUAUUUUUUUACCAAGUUUAGAUUUUUUUAAAUCCCAUUCAUGGAUUAUGAAAAAAAAAAUGCCCACACGUCACCUCAUCCACAAAUGCAGCGAUGAUAUGUUUAUUAACGUAACAACGCAAACCAUUGACUAAUUGAAUAAAAAAGUUUUCAAUCAAUUCCUUACGUCAGCCUAUCUUAUACACUGCACGUGUGUACGCACUCCCAAGGCAAGUGGAAUGGCAAUGAGGGUUGGUGUGAGUCACGAGGUCUGGUGCUGUUAUUGCUAUUUGACAA